AUGGGGAACAUAACUUGUGUUCCUCAAGCACCCGGCAGGCUCCGAGGCUCUUUCAGAAGGAAGCCCUCGCUGAAGAAAGAACAAAAUGGCAAGAAGAAACUGCCCAGCUUUUUUGGGAUAGAAGGAGGGCAGGAGAGAGAUACGACCACAGACAAAAUCCUGCAGUAUAUUCCAGGAAAGAAUAUUCAGAUCCAGGAAAACCAGAAAGAGAACUUGGACCAGAGGUUCCCCAGCCUGUUCAAGAAGGGACGGAGGAAAAUGGUUGUCAGGAAUCUGGGCAAGAUGAUCUAUUACUCCAAGGUCAAGUUUAAGUUCCAGCACUGCCAGCAAAACAUGUCUUUUCUGCAGGAGGUGAAUGACUGCUUCUUGGAGCUGUUCCAGUCCUACCUGUACUUCCAGUCUAUGGGCUCCAAUGGACUCACCUACCAGGGAUUGCUGCCUUUGAAAGAGCUGAGCGUGUGUGAAAUGGAGACUGGGAAGAGCACUGGGCAGGAGGAUCACGCUUUCCGCAUUGCAGGUCCUCUGCUGAAUCCCCUUAUCGUGUUCUGCCCCACUGAGUCAGAGCUGAAGCAGUGGCUUUAUCACCUGGAGAAACAGAUCCAGCUAAACGGAGGAAGCCUUGGCUUGCCCUUCCUCUCUCAGAAUGACUGGAAGCAGAGCUCCAUGGGGAAGGAGGAGCUACGCUGGUCCGUGCAGAACAUGCCUGUCCAGGAGUGGAGAGGGACCCAGCGGGAAUCCUUAGGCAAUGUCCUUUGUGUUUCCAAGGUGAAGCUUCAGCAUCUGCCUUUCCAGGAGCAGCAUGACCGGCUGCUGGUGCUUUACCCGUCCACACUGGUGAUAGUAUCUGAAGAGCACAACAGCCUCUGUUUUAAGGGUGAGCUGCCACUCAACGCCAUCCAAGUGCUUUUUGAAGAGAAUGAGAAAACCUCCUUUCUAAUAGAAGGCCGACUGAUCAACUCGAUCCGGGUGACCUGCCGCAGCUAUGAGGAUUACCAGGAGUGGCUCUACUGCCUCAAAACAGCCCAGUUCCGGAAUGCUGACUCUUCCCUUUCCGGAUCAGAGAGUUUCCCGGGAUCAAAGCUGCCUCAUCCCGGCCAGUUUGCUGGCAGUGGGAGAGAGUCCCUCACUUCUGAUGGCCGCACCAACUCCUGGGCGUCAGGAGGGAGAGUGGCCACCUUAACACACCUCUCCCAGAACAGUGGCUCUCUCCCCGAUGGACAGUCCUUCGUGCUUAUGCCUGAGAGCAGAGUGCUUGAGGAUCCCCUUUCCCAUGGCUAUUCCCAGCCUCUCCAUUGCCUGGCACAGGACCUGCGGAGAGGAGGCAGCGCCAGGAAGUCCAAGGGCAAAUGUGGACCCUGUGGCCAGCAACUGCCCAGCCAGGACAUGGAGAGGAACAUCUGCAGCCUCAUUCCUGAGAACCCCAACGGCGAGCUCCUGUCCUUGGUGUACAACGAGCCGUACUCCGCACAGAACUUGCAGCAUCACCCCGCAGCUCCCCUGCCACACCUGGACCUCAGCAAUCUGAACAGAUGGAGCUUGGUGGGAAGUCAGCCCUCAACAGCUUCCAGCUCCUUGGAGAAGCCAGCCAUGCCCCGCUCCCCCUUGUACACAGACCCCUAUACCCCCAGUUCCUCUGGUGCUCGCAGCGUGGCAGGAUCCAGCUUCCUGGAGGAGAUCUCUUCUCUGCAAGAGGAACAUCUGGGUCCUUCAUUGCAGCUAACAGAGAGGGAUGCUGGCACCUAUGACCUGCCAGAGACCAGCUUCCCACACAGCAACUCCUCAGCCUACCACGACUACGCCGAGCUCCAGAGCUUCCAGAGUGACUUCAGCUAUGACAACCUGUGGGAAGCUGAGGAGAAGGAGCUGGACACCCCUCACACCUCCCCAGCUCCCAGCCAGCAGUUUUACCAGGCCUGA